AUGACACUGUCCAACAGUGACAUCACAGUGCGUCACGUGGGCGUGAGGAACCAGGGCAUCGUAACGUCACAGUGUAUGGGCGGGGCCUGUCUCCGAGCUGCUCCAUCAUCUGCAUCCUCCAUCUGCACUUGGGAUUUCAUCUGGAACCCACGGACUCACGAGCUGCUGGGACGGACCGCCACAAGCUGGGGUCUGAUCCUCCUCUUCUACCUCGUCUUCUACCUCUUCCUCGCUGGGAUGUUUGCUCUCACCAUGUAUGUGAUGCUGAUGACGCUGGAUGACUACCGCCCCACCUGGCAGGACCGCCUCACUACACCCGGGAUGAUGAUCCGUCCAAAGGGAGAGCAGUUGUACAUUUCCUACUCCAUGUCAAAGUCAGAAUCCUACAGUGACCUGACCAGCAGCCUCAGCUCCUUUCUGUCACAAUACAACGACACCGUUCAGGCUCAAACCAACGACAAUUGUCCCCCUGACCAGUACUUCAUCCAGGAGGACAGCGGAGAGGUGAGGAACAACCCGAAGCGCUCGUGUCAGUUUAACCGCACGUCUCUGGAGGUGUGUUCUGGAAUCACUGACCCGACCUUCGGCUACAGCAGCGGUCAGCCCUGUGUCCUGCUGAAGCUCAACCGGGUCAUCGGGAUGCUUCCUGGUAAAGAUGGACAGUCUCCAUUUGUGUCGUGUGGAGCAAAGAAAGAACAUGGAAACGUUGGACCGUUGGCGUAUUAUCCUCCCAAUGGAACCCUCAACCUCAUGUACUACCCAUACUACGGAAACAAGGCCCAGGUAAACUAUUCUCAGCCUCUGGUCGCGGUGAAGUUCUUGAACGCGUCUCUGAACACAGACCUCAGUGUUGAGUGUCGCAUCAACUCCAACACUUUGGGCGAUGUUUACGCCAACGAGCGCGACAAGUUCGCUGGAAGAGUGUCCUUCAUCCUACGCAUCAACGCUUAG